UGUCAGUGUUGGUAAAUACUUGGAUCGAAUCGCAAGAAGAAGGAAACAAAGAAACAAAAAAUGUUCUCCGAAAAAGCUGUGUUUUAAUCGAAAAACAAAAACAACGCUGUCGCUCCGUUUGUGCCUGUGUGUGUGCGACGUGUGUUCUAUUAAUAUAAAAAUGAUUUUAAACUGCAACUAAGACACCUUGAAUGCAACGGCGCAGCGAGCGCUGCAUAUGCGUGAGUGUGUCAGUGAGGGCCAGUGUGUGUGUGUGCGUGUGUGUGUGAGUGUGUAUACAUGUGGAUAAACGAAAAUAAAACUGCCCGUGCCGUGCCUUGCAUCGGUCGUCUCUACGUUCUGGUUGCCACCGCCACCCCGCAAAGCUAGGUCCGAGAAUUGCAUCGUAGCACCAAAUCUUCCACUUCCACCACCUCCAAUAGCAGUGGCAGCGGCAGAGGCAGCACCAACAACCACUACCACCACCCUUUACAACUGUUACAAAAGAAACCCCGCAACCCCCGUUCGCAACAGCCUUGUAAUCUCUCGCAUACAGGCAGAACAGAACGCAAGUCACACACACAGACGCAAUUCCAUCUAGCUCCUGGAAUGGACAUGGACUCGGAUAUGGAAAUGGAAAUGGAAUCGGACAAUGAUGGCGAGUACGAAGAUGACUAUGAUUAUUACAAUACAGGCGAAGACUGUGAUGUGGAGCGCUUGGACCCGAAGCGAGCCGAUCCCGAGUAUUUUGAGUACGAUUGCCUGACCGUGGAGGACAUUGAGAAGCUGCUCAACGAGCGGGUGGAGAAGCUGAACACGAUACUGCAGAUAACACCCUCGCUGGCCAAGGUGCUGCUGCUGGAGCACCAGUGGGACAAUCUGGUGGUGGUGGAGAAGUACCGCCAAGAUGCCAACGCCCUGCUGGUGACGGCGCGCAUAAAGCCGCCCACAUUAGUGACGGAUGCCGCCUCAACCAGUGCGGCGGCGGCUGCGGCCAGUGCCCAGCUGCUGAAGCUGGGCAGCAGUGGGUACAAGACGUCAUCGUCGGUGGUCAGCAAUGCCAACUCGAAUGUCCCCCAAUACCGGAGUCUGAUGUGUCCCGUGUGCGCCAGUUCGCAGCUGGGGGACAAGUUCUACAGCCUGGCCUGUGGCCACUCUUUCUGCAAGGACUGCUGGACCAUUUUCUUCGAGACGCAGAUAUUCCAGGGCAUUUCCACGCAAAUUGGCUGCAUGGCCCAGAAGUGCAAUGUGCGGGUGCCAGAGGAUUUGGUCCUGACCCUGGUUACACGCCCCGUCAUGAGAGACAAAUAUCAGCAGUUCGCAUUCAAGGACUACGUCAAAUCUCAUCCAGAGUUUAGGUUCUGCCCGGGACCCAACUGCCAGAUCAUUGUGCAAUCAUCGGAGAUCUCCGCCAAACGUGUCAUCUGCAAGGCGUGUCACACGUGCUUCUGCUUCAAGUGUGGCAUGGACUAUCAUGCGCCAACAGACUGCCAGGUCAUCAAGAAGUGGCUGACGAAGUGCGCCGACGACAGCGAGACGGCCAACUACAUUAGUGCCCACACCAAAGACUGCCCCAAGUGUCACAUCUGCAUCGAGAAGAACGGCGGCUGCAAUCACAUGCAGUGCUUCAACUGCAAGCACGACUUCUGCUGGAUGUGCCUGGGGGACUGGAAGUCGCACGGAUCUGAGUACUACGAGUGCUCGCGGUACAAGGACAACCCCAAUAUUGCCAACGAAUCGGUGCACGUGCAGGCCCGGGAGGCCCUCAAGAAGUACCUCCACUAUUAUGAGCGCUGGGAGAACCACUCAAAAUCGAUGAAGCUAGAGCAGCAGACGAUCGAUCGGCUGCGCCAGCGCAUCAAUUCCAAGGUGAUGAACGGGAGCGGCACCUGGAUCGACUGGCAGUAUCUGUUCAAUGCAGCGGCACUGCUGGCCAAGUGUCGAUACACUCUACAGUACACAUACCCAUAUGCAUACUAUAUGGAGGGCAGCUCUCGCAAGAAUCUCUUUGAAUACCAGCAGGCGCAACUGGAGGCUGAAAUCGAGAAUCUGUCCUGGAAAAUAGAGCGGGCCGAGACAACGGACCUGGGUGAUCUCGAGAACCAAAUGGAUAUUGCUGAGAAGCGUCGCACCACCCUACUCAAAGACUUCUUUCCCGUGGAUACAUAGACGGCAUAGGCGGAACACAACGCUUCCAGAACUACCAGAAGCUUGUCCAGUUUAGCACAAACCGAACUUCAUUUGAUCCACUUGACAAGCCACACGACAGUAUAAGAGACGCUUAUUUAAUUAUAAUUAUACACAAAUACAUACUAUACAUAUAUCCAUAUAUCCAUAUAGCGGUAGCAAAACGAUGUGUAGCUAAUUUUUAAACUAAUUGAAUAUUCACGUGCAUAUAGACUAAAGGAUUUAGCAUAGAACAUAUGUAGUCGACUACUUGAAGUAUGAAUAUUAUAGUUGUGACAUUCGAAAUCACUCAAAACGAUCGAUCGGUGUAACUGCAAUACAACCCCUUGAGCGGUAAGAUUAUGAUAACGAUAUCGAUGGUAGCCAUAGCUAUUUCAGUAAAUAUAACUAUAACAGAAAGAAGAAUAGAAGAAAAGAGAAAAGAGAAUAAAC